UUAGCGCAUUAUAUUUCCUGGAAACCGACCAGUCUUUGCGCUUUCAGCAACUGAGGCGUAAAAGAAUCUUCGCAAAAAUUUUCAGUAUUCUCAAAUCAAAUGAGCGUCAUGGCAAACAAAGCUUACUACAAGGAACGAAUCCAAAAAAUGCAGAAAGAGAUUGACGAGGCUGGCAAAGAAUCCAAGGUUCUAAAAAAUUUAGACGUCUUUGUGUUGGACAAUUCCCUCCGUGAAAGUACCGUGGGUCAGUUGCGUGGGCAUACCAUAGAAAACAAAUGGAAAAUUUACAAGGAGAUAAAAAAAGUCGGCUUCAAAGACAUCAUCGUCGCUUCCUUCUCCCACAUGACUCGCCUGGGUGAUACUUUCAUCAAACAGCUACACGAUGCAGGAGAAGACUUCACUAAUCUCUGGGCCUUCACAGAGUUACUUGAAUCCGUUGACAAAAGUGGGGUUCCUGAUACCGAGACCAUUCCUGUUGGCCUACGGAAAAUGAAAGAACUCGGCAUCAGGAACGCCAUCAUCGAAAUGGAUUUGGUUUACGUAGGGAUCAAUUACAAGAAGUUCAAAGUUGAAGCUAUCAACGACCUUCUUACCGAGAGAUUGAAGUGGAUCCAUGCCAACCUAGCUAAAGAUUCCAAGGUGGUGGUCAACUUGCGCGAUCUUCCCGACGGCAUGAUCAAAAAGCCAAAGCGUGUUUUCAAGGUCAUCCGUCAUUUAUCUUCCUUGCCCCUAGCUAUCCGUCCAUUUGGAAUCGUUACCGAGGAGUCUGGAAAAUACUUCCCAGAGCAGCUUGCAGCGUGGAUAAGAGCUGUUCGAAAAGAAAUGGAUGAUUGUGGUUUCAAGGAUGGCCACUUGCUGGUUCACGUGCACGAAAAGUGGGGACACGUGGACACCACUCAGUUGUCAUGUUUGGCCAACGGAGCAAAUGGUAUCUGGGCAAGUAUGAUCAUACAAGGAGCAUCCAUGGGUGCAGCCAGUUCUACCGUAACCCUGAUGAACCUGGUCCGCCUUGGAAACAAGAAAGUUCUCAAGAAGUACAAUUGCACAGCCCUCCGAGAAGCUGCACAAGAGAUCUGCAGGGUCACCACUGGAUACGAGCCAUAUCCACUGCAACCCAUAUACGGAGAACGAGCCUUGGACAUGGUGUUCGGUAUGCCUACCAAACUUGGAAUAAACGAGUUCGACUUGGCGAAGUUCUUUGGGGAAGAGCCACUGAUGCGAAUGACCACACUGGCCUCUGCUGAAAUGAUUGUAACAAGGCUCAAAAAUCUCUUUGGAGAAGAUCCUCAAUUUACCAUCGAACGAGGCACGAGAAUGAAGGAGGUGAUGUUGGAAGAUCUUCACAAAAACAUCAAAGAAGAGUACAUGAGUGCCGCAGGCCUAGCUAUGCUGUUUGAUCGUUCUGGUGGUCAUCUCACUGAAAAAAUGGCCGAAGUCCUAACCAAGGAGGAACCAACGAGGGCCCAUGCUCAGGUAUUGAUAGCUGAGAUCCGUGACAUGUGGGAUGAAUGGGAUUUGAGGGACGGCCAGCGAGAUGACAAGCUGGAAUUUGAUGCGUUUUACAAUGGCUUCUUGGCACCAUACUUUGGUUGCUACAGGUGCGACGAGACGAAGCAAGCCUUGAAAGCUAUGGAUAUGGAUGAAGAUGGAACCGUGGAUUGGAAUGAAUUUGCCGUGUACUUGAGGUGGGCAAUGCGACAAUAUCCUGAGACCAAGACUUCUGAAGAUCUCCUUUCUGUUGCCUUCCGCAAGGGGCUCAUUCCGGCCAUGCAAGACGAAGUGGUCAGGAAGCAGGAAGGCGAGCCCAUGGAAGCAUAAUGAACGUUUUCUUAACUUAAGCACACAUACAAGGGGAUGAUAACCGAUAAUCUUUCACACGUAGCGUGGGUGAUUUUCCCUUAUAACGUGGGCUUGGUAGCCCGUAUGAAUAGACAAACAUUAGUUCUUUUUGUUUAUGCCGGACACUUUCUUGCUCAUUGUCAAAGUCGAUUUUGUGGCUUUUUGUAGCUUAUGGGGCGUGGCGUUUAAGGUUUUUCUUAAUCAUGGAUGCCGCACUUCAAUGGUGUAAUUUCUUUAUCUCGGUAUGAUUAUCAGCGACGAUAACCUGUUCACGGUUAUGAACGAGAUGAGCAUUUCGAAUUAAAGAUGUGUAAGUUGAAAGGAAA